AUGGGGUUCAAGCUCUCCGCCCUUGUGCCCGCGGGCUAUGGCAAAGCUAUUCAUAAUGCCCCACGGGAGGUGAUUUUCAACCGCCAAUUGAUGUUUUCAGCUAUCGUCUAUGCCACUGCGGCAAUUCCGGCGACCUGGGACCAGGGCUCUGCAUCGGUCGUCCCGUCUCUUCCAGGAUUCGAGAAAGCGUUUGGGAUUUCAUCUGGUGCAAAUGCGGGCCAAAUAAGGAACUUCAUCUCCAUUGUCUACAUCGGAUAUGCCGCUGGUGCAGCCAUGAGCUUUUUCAUCAACGAUACUAUCGGUCGCAGGUGGUCUUUCCGGCUGUACACAGCGAUCUGGAUCGUGGGGCAGCUGGUCGCUAUUCUCACCCCCACGCUCGCCGGUUUAUACGCUUCUCGCAUCAUAGUCGGAAUCGGAAUUGGAUCGCUCAGUGUGACUGGCCCAGUAUCGAUUGCGGAGAUCGCCCCGCAGGAAAUUCGCGGUCUCCUAACCUCCUGGUAUGUCGUUGCAAUGAGCUCUGCACUCCUAGCCUCCACCUUCUGCGUCUACGGAAUCAUCGUGCAUGUCGCGGCGAGCAAGCUCCAAUACCAGCUGGUCUGGUUCCCGCCCUGCAUCUUCAUGGCCUUCAUUGUCAUCGCGACUUUCUUCAUCAGCGAGUCUCCCAAAUGGCUCAUGGUCGUCAACAAACGCGAGGAGGCUGUUUAUGAAAUGUCAAGAUUACGCGGUCUACCGAACGAUCACCCCCGAGUGGUAGGCGAGAUUCUCGAGAUCCAGCACGUUCUCAGCAAUUCCGACUUCGGAGUGGGCGACCGCCGACCACCAUUGGGGACCCGACUGAAGAUUAUCGUGAAAGAAACCUUCACUGUCCCUUCCAAUCUGCGCCGUGUACAGCAAUGUCUGAUGUCCUACCUGCUGGCUCAGUUAUCCGGAGCCAAUUCGGUGACCUCAUACUUCGUCCCGAUCCUAACCCUGGUUGGUAUGGGUGGCAACAAGUCUCACGAUCUCUUCUUAACAGGAAUGUACACUUUGAUGAAACUUUGCUGCACGAUCAUCGCAUCUUUCUUUUUCAUUGACGUGCUCGGCCGGCGCAAGUCGCUUUUCGUGGGCGCCACCAUCCAGAUGAUCUCGGAUCUCUAUCUGGGAAUUUUCAUCAAAUACCAACAGCAAGGUGCGGUUUCGCACUCCGCCUCGCAGGCUGCUGUUGCAGCUCUCUUCAUUCAUGCGUUUGGAUAUGCCGUCGGCCUGUAUACUCUCCCGUAUGUCUUCGGUGGUGAGCUCUGGCCCAACCACCUCCGCUCCUUCGGCGCAGCCCUAGGACAGACGUUCCACUGGCUCUUCUUGUACGCCAUGAACUUCGGCACCCCAUCUCUCCUCGAGAAGACCAACAACUGGGGCGCAUUUAUCUUCUUCGCCGCCUGGUGCUUCGUCGCCCUGCUCUACGUCUACCUCAUUGUGCCUGAAAUCUCCGGCCUCAGCGUCCAAGAAAUUGACAGCCUCUUCAAGGGCCCCUGGCUCAAAGGCUACGGCAGAGUCCGCUCCGCAUCCGGUCUCGAAGGCGUGGAGCCUACGAAGACCGACGAGGACCCCUUGCCGUAA